UUGUAAAGUUUCCAUCUUUUCCUAUUUUUUCCUUUCAAAGCUCUAUUUCUUUUCUGUAAAAACAUCCAUUGCCUUGCCUGACUCAAAAGGCAAUGGCAACAACAUGUUCAAGCCUAUUGGUGUUACCAAAUCUCAGAUUGAAUUGUAACCAGAGACCCAAUUUCAAGGUAAGAGCUCAAAUCUCUGGUGAGAACAAGAAGGCGACAUCAGUAGAGCCUGUGAACGGUUCGGUCUUUGUGUCUAAUUUCCAAAGCCCAAAAGGGAGUGAUGUUUUGGCAAAUGAAGUGAAUGGGAAAGUAAAAUCUGGAAGGAAAGACGAAAUUGAGCUGUUAUGGGAUGAUGGGUAUGGCUCAAAAUCUGUAAAGGAUUACUUUGCGGCGGCUAGAGAGAUCUUGAAGAAACCUGACGGUGGACCUCCACGGUGGUUUAGUCCCGUUGAUUGUGGCCAACCCAUCAAAGAUGCACCCACACUACUCUUCUUACCUGGGCUCGAUGGCACAGGGAUGGGUCUCGUUCCACAUCACAAAGCUCUUGGGAAGGCUUUUCAUGUCUGGUGCCUGCAUAUCCCCGUAAAUGAUCGAACUCCAUUCGAAGGGCUGGUGAAAGUAGUCGAAGAUGUUUUGAAGCAGGAGCAAGCUACACGUCCGAAUAAGCCAAUAUAUCUCGUGGGCGAUUCCUUUGGAGGAUGCCUAGCUCUUGCUGUUGCUGCCAGAAACCGUUCAUUAGACUUGGUGUUGAUACUAGUCAACCCAGCUACAUCAUUUGAGAGGUCACCACUACAGCCGUUUCUGCCUAUAUUAGAGAUGGUGCCAGAAGAGCUUCAUUUUACUGUUCCUUAUGCUCUGAGCUUUAUUAUGGGUGAUCCAAUAAAGAUGGCUACAAUGGGUAUCGACAACCAACUUCCAGCAGGAAUUAAAAUGGAAAAGUUGAGACACAAGCUUACCAAUUCUAUGCUUCCUCUUCUCUCUGAACUCGGUGGAAUUGUUCCAAGGGAAACUUUACUUUGGAAGCUUAAGUUGCUGAGAGUUGGCGCUGCUUAUGCCAAUUCACGCAUCCAUGCAGUUCAAGCCGAAGUCUUGGUCCUUGCUAGUGGAAAGGAUAGGAUGCUUCCUAGCCAAGAAGAAUCAAAGCGGCUUUAUAGGGUCCUAAAAAACUGUACAGUGCGAUGCUUCAAGGAAAACGGGCAUACCCUUUUACUGGAAGACAGCAUAAGUUUGCUCACAAUUAUAAAAGGUACAUGCAAGUACCGACGCUCUUGGAGAUAUGAUUUUGCUUCUGAUUUCUUGCCUCCGAGUAAAGGAGAAUUGGAUUAUGCCCUUCAGGAACUGCUUGGGUUCUUACGAAAUGCUGUUAGUUCUGUCUUUCUGUCGACCAUGGAAGAUGGGACUAUAGUGAAGGGACUCGCUGGUGUUCCAGAUGAAGGUCCGGUGUUACUUGUUGGUUACCACAUGUUGAUGGGCUUGGAACUUGGUCCAAUGUCUGAGGCAUUUAUCAAAGAGAAAAACAUUCUCUUUCGUGGAAUGGCCCAUCCGAUUCUGUAUUCAGAAAAUGAUUCAGAGAAGGAUUUUGGUUAUAUGGACUGGAUUAAAGUAUUUGGUGCCUACCCUGUCACGGCAACCAAUCUUUUCAAGCUGCUAUCUGCUAAAUCUCAUGUUCUUCUCUACCCCGGCGGUGCACGAGAGGCUCUCCAUAACCGGGGUGAACAAUACAAACUAAUUUGGCCUGACCAGCAAGAGUUUGUAAGAAUGGCAGCACGGUUUGGCGCAACAAUAGUGCCGUUUGGAACGGUUGGUGAAGACGACAUAGCUGAAUUGGUUCUUGAUUACAACGACCUGAUGAAGAUUCCAAUUCUCAAUGACUAUAUCUCGGAUAUAACUCGCGAUACCAAAAGAUUUAAAUUGAGGGAAGAAUCAAGUGGAGAGGUCGCAAACCAGCAACUCUAUUUACCAGGGCUCUUACCAAAAAUCCCUGGUCGAUUCUAUUACCUGUUUGGUAAACCGAUACAUACCAAAGGAAGACCAGAACUCGUGAAAGACAAAGUAGAAGCAAACCGGGUUUACUUGGAGGCGAAAGCGGAAGUAGAGAAAAGCAUAGCCUACUUGUUGAAGAAACGAGAGGAAGAUCCAUACAGAAGUGUUGUAGACAGACUAAGUUACAGUUUGACACACCUUCCUGAGAAUGAUGUUCCUUCUUUCGAACCAUGAUUGAAACAAAAAGGGUAAGUGUAGUUACUUCUCACAAAGAAAACGUAUGUAAUGUCAUUAUAGAAAAAAGUCCAUGUAUAUCCCAACUUUUAUAUAGAUGAAAUUGCUUAAUGAACAUCAAUUAGUUGUUCUUCAUA